AUGGUCCGCGCAACCACGCUGUUCGCCGCCACGGCCGCGCUGGCCCUCAAUGCCCACGCCGAGAGCAUCUACGGUAAGAACAGCGCCGUCGUCCAGAUCUCUGGCAUGGACUACGACCGAGUAAUCGCAAAGUCCAACUACACUUCUAUUGUCGAAUUCUACGCGCCAUGGUGCGGCCACUGCAAGAACCUCAAACCGGCCUACGAGACGGCCGCCAAGUCCCUCGCCGGUAUCGCCAAGGUCGCCGCUGUCAACUGCGAUGAGGAAAUGAACAAGCCCUUCUGCGGAAAGAUGGGCGUCCAGGGUUUCCCUACCCUCAAGAUCGUCCGGCCUGGCAAGAAGCCCGGAAAGCCUACCGUGGAGGACUACCAAGGGCCUCGUUCGGCCAAGGGCAUCGUUGACGCCGUCAAGGACAAGGUUCCCAACGUGGUCAAGAGGGUCAACGACAAGAACCUGGACGAGUGGCUACAAGAGAACAAGGACACUGCGAAGGCUAUUCUCUUCAGUGAGAAGGGUAUCGUCAGUGCUACACUACGCGCCCUAGCGAUUGACUUCGCUGGCAUCGUCUCGGUCGCACAAGUCAAGAAGUCAGAAAAGGCAGCAGUGGAAAAGUACGGAAUCACCGAUUUCCCAAGCUUGAUCCUUAUUCCCGCCGGCUCCGAGACCCCCAUCAAGCAUGAGGGCAAGGUCGACAAAGCAGCCAUGGUCGAAUUCCUCUCCCAAGUCGCCCCACCAAACCCCGACUGCCCACCUGGCAAAGAGAAGAAGUCAAAGGCUAAGAAGGAUGCCAAGAAGGAAUCCAAGUCCUCUAGCAAAUUUGCCAAAGCCUCAGCUUCGCACAAAUCAGCAGACUCGUCGUCAGCUGCCGCGUCAGCGACGGAUGAGACUGUAGAGGAGGCUGGCAUGCCUACCGAAUCGCCUGAUCCAAAUGUCAAGGACGAGAACACCCCCGAUCCCAUCGAGCUUCCGGUGGAAGAGACCAAGCCCGCCAUUCCUCUCGUAUCCGAAUCUGCCGAACUGCAGACAAUGUGCUUGACCGAACAGAGCAAGACCUGUAUCUUAGCCAUCCUUCCCAAGGACGAAGCCUCGGAAGCUGCAGCCACUGCCAUCGCAUCCCUUGCGUCCAUCCACAAGAAGUAUGACGCUUCCGGCAGCCAUCUGUUCCCAUUUAUCGGUGUCUCGUCCACAAACCCACUUGCUGCCACCAUCGUCGCAGAGCUUGGUCUCGGAAGUGCAGAUAGCGUCCACCUUAUCGCCACAAACGGAAAGCGCGCAUGGUACAAGAAAUACUCUGGCAGCUCUUUCGGAGCUGAUGAAGUUGAGCAAUGGGUCGACGCUAUUCGCAUGGGUGAAGGCAAGAAGGAGAAGAUACCCGACUCCCUCCUGAUUGCUGGUGAGGAGCCUGUGGCAAAAGCCGAGAAGGUAGAAGAGCAGGUCAAGAUUGAGGUCGAAGAGGUUGCAGAAGACGUCUCACAAGAUCCGGAGACACCUGGUCAUAACGAACUUUGA